UUCCAACAAGCCUUUCAAUAUGAGCAUUCCUAAAACUGACUAAUAAAUAAAAUGUUGACUAACUAUUAUGAUUAUGAUAUGAUUCUACUUUCAUUGUGUUUCUGCACUAAUUACACACACACUCAUGGCAUUGUUCAUUAAAUUGACUUCUGUGUUGGUUCGCCCUAUAAAGUUAAACCCGGAAUUGUCCUUGUUUUUUUAAAGCACUUGCGAUACUGCUGGUCAAGGUAUAAAAAGAGGAGAUUACGUAUUAGUAGUGCUAUCAAUUAUCGGGUCCAGAAUAGCUUAAUUAUCACACACACGCGUAGGUAGUUACUUAAUCCUGUUACAAAGUCAGUGAAAAAAAUCAUAUAAAUAUAAACAAAAAUGUCUCAUUUUAUUGUACCCAUUUCAUGAGAAAUGUAUAAUUUCGAGAAUAAAUAGUCAACAUAAAAUCUAUAAGUUAUAACUGUAUAAAAAUCAUGGAGAAAAAAAUAUACAAAUUAAUCCUAGUGAAACUCUUGUUAUUUUUGUGCGUGCAUAUUCAAUGUCUUUGUUCCACCGUCCCGGAAGAAACUAGUCUUAUUACGAAGCAAAACAACUCGUUAGAAAAUGAUAACAAUACAUACAUUUCCUGGACGGGUUGUGUUUCACUCGUUACGAAAAGAAUUUCUCUCAUUGUUCAGAGUAAGAAGGACACUAAAAUAAAUGAUAAGAAUAAAGAUAAGCGUAAGAAAGAUAAGCCAGCAACAAUAGAGCUCGAAGAAAUUGAUCUCAUCUCAGAAAACACUGUUUUAGUACAAAUUGAAAACGUGUGUAAUUUUAACCUCAGAGUGCUACAAAUCUCAUUUAAUAACAGUCUAAGUCGGACAGGAGGACACGAGGCUUUGGGAGUUCUCAGAUUUCAUUUCCUAAUAACACAAGGAGGAGAUGCCUUCCGGUUGGUUCUGGUGGAUUUGGACGCCACGCUGAAACAAGAUGGAGGAAAAGUUGGAGUGAAAGCGAAAAAAUACAGAUAUUUCGCCUUCAGAGAUACAGAGGAUUUUGAUGAGACUGUCGACACUACUACACCUACCACAUUUGGCAGUUCGUAUUCUUGCAGUUCUUGGAGUGGGGUCGACUCAGCGAGUGAAAGUCGGCUAAACAUUCGAGGAUUGCAAUAUGAAUUGUUCAGAGAUGCCGAACUACCAACGAAAAAUGGAAGCAUGUUCAACCCUGUUGGGAAUUUCUGUAAGAUGGACAGCUCUCACAAUGCAAGUGAAGGAAUUAUUGACAAUUGGGAUGAUCUCGGAAACUUUGGAAAACUUCCCGUUACCAACUUUCUAGUCAAUAUCGUCCUACUCUUGGGCGGAUGUGCAGUAUUUAUAGGAAUAUUUUUUGGGCUGUCCAAGUUAUGCCCAGAGAAAACUAAACAGAUGAGAAAAACUGUGUUUCAUGUGUGAACAAAUAUUUAAACAAAAAACAUCAUGAUUUGAUUGAUUUCAAUAUAAUGCAUAAUUUAUUGGUUCCAAAUAAUGUCGAAUUUUGAAAAUAAAUUAAACCGAAUUAAACUAAAUUUGGUAUAAAUAAAUAUUUUCGAAUGUGUAUCAUCAACAUAACUGCGAAGAAAGUGAGCAAGGCGAGAGAAUAUUACACUACGAUAUGUACUACGAGGGGUAAGUUGUAGAGAGGUGGGAUUCAAGCUAAAAUACUACAUUAAUUUCGGACAGAAAAAUGAAAAAA